AUGGGCACCAGCUUCCUCAGCCGGCCCUCACACCAGGCACCAGCUCUCUACAGCCGGCCUCACACCAGGCACCAGCUCUCUACAGCCGGCCCUCACACCAGGCACCAGCUUCCCCCACAGCCGGCCUCACAACAGGCACCAGCUUCCCCACAGCCGGCCCUCCAACAGGCACCAGCCCCCUACAGCCGGCCCUCACACCAGGCACCCCACAGCCCCCUCACACCAGGCACCAGCUUCCCCAGCGGCCUCACACGAGGCACCAGCUUCCUCUACAGCCGGCCCUCCCCAGGCACCAGCCUCCACACCCAGCACCAGCCUCUACAGCCGGCCCUCACACCAGGCACCAGCUUCCCUCUACAGCCGGCCCUCACAACAGGCACCAGCUUCCCUCUACAGCCGGCCCUCACACCAGGCACCAGCAACAUCCGGCUUCCUCACAAUAUCUAG